GCAACGCAGGGAGCAUCAAAUUUUCAGUCCUGUUCCAACACUUUCUGCGUAUCAGCCGUUCGGUGUCAGUAAUAUUUAUAUUUGGUGAAACGAAAACGAAAAAUUGUCUAAAAAUUAAUCGAAAAUGGAGGCAGAACCUUUGACUAACUUAGAUGUUGCCACCACGCCAAUGGCGAGCUCUAAAAUUGAAACCCAAAACGAGUCGAACAUUGAGAAAACCGAAGCCGAUGCCGAUGCAGUGUCCCUUAAUGCCAUGGACGACAACAGGCGCUUCUUUAAAAUGCAUACAGGGGACUUGGCUCCAGAAGAUGUUCACAUUUUGGUGCUGAUUUUGGACAUUGAUUACGGACAGAGCUACAUUCAGUCGGGCAAAGUGGACAUGGCCCUGAAUAUGGUCGAUGCUGCCAUGGUGCUGGCCAAUGGCCAUCUGCUGCAGCGACCCCGCAACGAGGUGGGGGUCAUUGCCUGCUCCCGGAACAUUGUCAUGCUGGCCCAUUCGAUUGAUAUACCAUUAACCUCAUACGAUUAUCAACUGGACACGAUCAAGACCAUGGAGUACGACGUGUCCAGGAAGGUGGAGGAGGAGCUGUUGCGCGAAUUCGCCAUCGUGGAGAAGUUGAGUGAGGAGGACGACAAGUCCUCGCUCAUAGCCGAGUCCCUUGGCCUGGCUCUGGCCUACAUCCAGAAGCGACGUCGCCAGAUACCCGACAUAUACACGGGACGCCGCGUCCAGGGGCGCAUUCUCCAUCCGAGCUACGACAACUUGAUCCUGGAGGCCCUGGAAACCAAUGUGACUAUCAAUGUGUGCGCCAUCAAGGUGGAAAAGCAGAAGCCGCUGCAGCGCGCCACCGAAGUCACCGACGGCCUCUACCUCUGCACCAACGAGACGUUCAGUCUGCCCGGCAGCCUGGUCGACCACUAUCUGUAUCCCAGCUACUUGGUCAAGGCGCCCAAGCCCCACAUCACGACGCCCGCCCGCUGUGCCUGUCACGGCUUCGACAACAAGAUUGGAUUCGUGUGCGCCAAGUGCAAUCUGGCGAGGCCAAAGCGCCCACGGGCACUGGCGAGAUCAAGUGCAAGGACAGCAACUCGACUGGCAUUGUCUUCUGGACCAAAGAGAAGCCCAAGCCUGUGCUGCACACCUUGGAGUCGCAUAUCGCCCGGCGCAUACAGUCGAAUGAUUCGGAAAUUCCCAUCGGACGACGCAUUCACUCGAUUGUGCGCAUCACCAAUGCCACAGAUGCCGAUAUACAUCUGGCCAUGUGUGGCUUCUUCUGAGCCAAAACACACCAGUCAAUACACAGCCAAUACACCUAUACAACACUAUAUACACUAUACUACACUAUUACACUGUUCGUGUGUGUGUGUGUGUAAACCAACAAAUUCCGUACACUUUGGGGCCAAGCUAAGCGCUGAAAAGGUGUCAUCCAUAGCAUUGAACCUUUUAGCGCUAGCAAACACAGAUCGUCCAGUGGCAGGACAUUGCGAUUGCCCAUCGCAAGACACAAUACAAAAAAUCAUUUAAUAAUAAUCGAGCUAUGACGCCCCAGGCCAAAGCUCUGAAGGGUUCAUGCUCGCAGCUUCCCCUUGAAUCCCCUUUGGCGCUAGAGAGGCACUCCAGAUCUCACCCUCUCUCCAUAAGUAUAUUUUGUGAUGACUCAUGAUCCAGAUAUCAUACAGCAUAUAGCGGCUGCAGUGCUAAAAGGUUAAUACGCUACUAUUGAACCUUUUAGCGCUGGAAAAUACACUCGGAC